AUGCCGUCUGAUGAGAUGUGCGUGUAUCACAGCGAUGUCACGGAUUCCGAAGUUGAAGCAUGUAUCGAUCCUAGACCGGAUUGGUACAUAAUUUACUGUCAGACGUUAGCAGAGCAAGACUCUUUUCCAGAAGCCAAGAGUGCUUUGUCAGCUGCACAAAGACUGCAUAAUAUCAUGUCAAAUUCUGUGAAUCUCGAGGAGACAUUGCCCCAAACCAAUUCAAAACGUCAAAGGGUGGGGACAAAGAACUCCGCCUCGUACGUUUAUGACUCCGCUGAACUGGAAGCUGUGGAGGCACAGAAGGUGUGUUGGUCAUCGAAAUACCCAGACACUAAUUUCAUGGACACUGUGAUGACACCAACAGCCAGCACUUCCAGUCCACAAAUGCCUGUGGCGACGUCGUCACCAAUCACACAGUCAAAUAGGCAGACUACUAAGGAAAUCACUGAUUCCUAUGACAAAUCGGUGACUGAGUCGCACUCCCUUAGCGAAAGAGUGAAGUCCAUUGAAGGAAAACUUGAUUUCUUGAAAGAAGAAAUGCAGUCACUUAGUAAACUGGUGAGGCAGUUUGUUUCAGCAAAUAAGUCGGGCGACGUCACCACCUUAGGAACCGGGAAGUCGUCAAUUGACAAUAGUCAACUGCAAUUCCCCUUGACGACUGAAGAAGAGUUUAA